ACGUGCGAAUGCAGUCUCUACACACACAUUAUCCAGGCGUGUUUCGUAAUGGCAGGUUAUCACAAUUUGUCACAUUUUCAUUUAACAUCAUGGGUGUAUUUUUUUUAAAGGAUCUCUGACGUAUAACACUCAGGAAAGGCAUUUAACUUUCAACGUCGCCUACUUCAGAGCUAUCGCCCCUAUGGAGUCACUCCCGUAAAACUUCGCAAAGACAACAAACUUGAAGGGUCGGUAGCGGUAUUAUAUAAAUGAACUGAUUAUGGAAGACCACCAUUAGUUUAUGAAAAUUUCAACUGGACGGAUAUACAGCCAAUAAGGAUUAUAAUACCUUAUUAUAACGCUUGCUCCUCUCUCUGCGAUAUCAUGGGCGACCUGUGCCAUGCAUGGACCUACAAACCUUCCUUGUCGAUUGCUAUUAUAUUGGUAUCAAUUUCAUGUUUGGUGCAUUGUUCAGAGAAUGCUGGAGCCAUUGGAAAAGUGUUCCCACGAGGGAAUCACUGGGCAGUAGGUCACUUGAUGGGGAAGAAAAGCCUUGACAGUCUCUCUGGAUCAGAGGAUAGCAGCAACAGGGACAAUAUACCGUCUUCAGAGGAAGACAGGCUGUUGGAUAGAUAUGUGCAGCCGUCCAAGCUGGUGCAAGGCUUCAUCAGGACUCUGGGGGGACUGGAGAACAAGAGACAGAGCCAGACCCAGAGACAGGGACAGGAACAUGUUCUCUCUCGGAUGGGAGUACUCAAGACCACAAAGUGGGAAGAGACAGAUAGACACCGAUACCUGAAACAGCUGACAGACCUCAUUCGUUUGGCUUUCAACAUGAAGGAGAACACUAUCCUCGCCUGAAGACAGACAGUCAGCUCUGGACUGCAGCUGUCCUAUGAUGAACGCCACUACACGCCUCAGAGACUCAAGUCGUUGCAUUCAGCGCACCUGUACACAAUAUUUUGAAAACAUUAUAGCCUAUAUUACAGUUUACCCUAUAUGAUAUAUAAUAACAUAAUUAUCAUAAUAAUUACAUGACGUCAUCUACUAUUUAUUGUAUGCUACUCAAAAUACUCCCCCCCCCCAUCAACAACAAUGUGUAAAGAACAUUGAAUAAAUCUGAAAUUGUUGUGAUAACUGCA